AUGGUCUCCCAGCCCGGCAGACCUUUAGAUGGGAACAUGUAUUGCUUCACUUACCGCAUUUCUGAAGUAAGCUGUAUGGGGGGGGGGGCGCCUGCUCAUUCUGCUGAGUUGGGUCUGGGUCCCAUAACUUCUGCCCCCAAAGCCCUACCCCUACAGCACCACUGCAGUUUAGAGGGCGAGCGUGUGGCGUCUGACAGGGUGCCAGGUUUUAAAACUGAUUUACCUGUUGCCAAAAGACCUGAGAGCAGGAUUACUUCCUCAUGCAGAACUGAACCAAGGUAUGGUCUUUUUAAAACAAAAACAACAGAUACAACUGCAAAGCCUCCAGCAGUUCUCAGUUCCCAGCAUUUAUUUGUCAGGAUACUGCUCCUUUUGCCUCCCCUGCCUACAAAUAUAUGCCCAAAGAACCUUUCACAGUUUGAAGUUACGUUUUCAUUGAAAAGAAGCACAUGUUCAAGGUGGGGGGGGGGACGCGGGGGGAGGGAGAGGCGUAGCUAUGGGGAGAAAGCCUCACAGUGCUGGCUGUUGACUCCUGAUAGCUACCUGCCGGCAAGAUAA